AACUUUUCAUUCGUGUUUCUUCGGCGUUAACCCUUGUUUUACGUUUCGCUUAUUUCAUAACGAAAUACACGAUGUUUUCUACUAUUUGCAGAAGUGGCAGUCGUGCCUUUGGUUUAAGAUCGAGUCCUUACUAUGUCCGCAUGAUGCAAAUCCAAACUCACACUCAAAAUGAAAGUUCAGAUGGUUCACCUCCACAUAAAUUGACAGAUGUUUCCAACAUUCGAAAGGAUAUGCCAGACAAAGAGUUACGUCCUCUUUAUCUAGAUGCUCAGUCCACAACACCUCUUGAUCCAAGAGUACUUGAUGCAAUGCUGCCAUAUUUAGUCAGUUUCUAUGGCAACCCACAUUCAAGAACACAUGCUUAUGGAUGGGAAAUGGAGGCUGCUGUUGAAAAAGCAAGGAAGCAAGUGGCAGAUUGCAUAGGAGCUGAUCCAAGGGAGGUAAUCUUCACCAGUGGAGCCACUGAAUCUAAUAAUAUCAUAGUGAAGGGGACGGCACGUUUUUACAAAAGCAAAAAGAAGCAUGUUAUAACCUCACAGACAGAGCACAAAUGUGUGCUGGAUUCAUGUAGAGCUCUAGAAGGUGAAGGUUUCGAAAUCACAUACCUGCCUGUACAGAAAAAUGGGCUCAUCGAUUUACAGGAGCUGGAAGCUGCAAUGAGACCAGAUACUGUGCUGGUGUCAGUGAUGACUGUCAACAACGAAAUUGGUGUACGUCAACCUGUAGAGGACAUAGGGAAGUUGUGCAGGUCAAAAAAGAUAUUUUUCCACACAGAUGCUGCACAAGCUGUCGGCAAGAUUCCACUAGAUGUUGAUAAAAUGAAUAUAGAUCUUAUGUCUAUAAGUGGUCAUAAAAUAUAUGGACCAAAAGGUGUUGGAGCCAUGUAUGUUCGGAGGAGACCAAGGGUGCGUCUUGAAGCACCAAUGAGUGGCGGCGGCCAGGAACAUGGUAUGAGGAGUGGCACAUUACCCACGCCAUUGUGUGUCGGUAUAGGUGCCGCGUGUGAACUUUCAAUGCAGGAAAUGGAGUAUGAUCAUACACGUAUAUCAGCUCUUGCUAAGAGGUUAAUUGACAGAGUUACAGAAAAAGUUCCACAUGUUAUACGGAAUGGAGAUCCAGAAAAGACUUACCCAGGAUGUGUGAAUUUGUCAUUUGCGUUUGUGGAAGGUGAGAGUCUACUGAUGGCUUUAAAAGACAUUGCUCUUUCAUCUGGAAGUGCUUGUACAUCAGCAUCUCUAGAACCAUCCUAUGUUUUACGUGCAAUCGGAGCUGACGAAGAUUUGGCUCAUUCCUCAAUAAGAUUUGGUAUUGGAAGAUUUACAACCCAAGCAGAGAUAGACUACACAGCUGAUAAAUGUAUUGAACAUGUGACCAGAUUAAGAGAAAUGAGUCCUUUAUGGGAGAUGGUUCAAGAAGGAAUAGAUUUGAAGACAAUAAAAUGGUCACAGCACUAGAACAAAAUGUUAAUAAUUAUGUGAUAUUAUAUAUAAACAGUUGGCCUGGUUACUAAAAAUGUCUGAAUUUUGUUGAGGGAAGUGUACGAUAACUUGUUUGUUUUACACACCAACAGUUUGUUUCUUGAGUGUUUUUUUUUUAUUUUUUUUUCUGUAUCAUUGACAAUGUUUUUAUGAGUACCAGUCCAGGAUUUGUAAAAUACUGUAGGACCAGUCUACUGAUGUUCUUUAGAACCAGUCUACAAUAAAUUCCUCUAUGACAGUCUAGAUGACAAUGUUAUUUUCAGUAUUGUCAAAUUUUAUGGAAUGAUAUAAUGUUGAAUUGUUGAUAUGAAAAUGCUGGCAGACCAUUUACAGCCACACAAUUUAUAUUCAUAGUGCACAUGUUAUUUAUAUAUUUCAGUAUUCAAUAGUUUAUAAGUGGAUUGGUCUACAAUCUGCACAUUUCCAUAAAUAUUUGAAAAAAUUAUCAAAACAAUAGAAAUGUAUCAUUUGGAUAUUCUAAUAAAUUAUUGUUUGAAAAAAAUGUGGAUAAAGUUCUAGUAUGAACAUUUAUAUGAUAAAUAAUAAUAUUUUGUUCUAGAACAUUUCAUUACCUGCUAUAUAAAUAUAUGUAACAUCGGAUCAUGUAUAUCUUAAGCUUGGCAGCAACUGGGACAUACGAUAACGUUAUCGUAUGUCCCAGCCAGCAACAUCCAUAUAUAAUUGUUAUAUCUUAUACUAAAUACUUUCUACAUAAUUAUUUUUUGUUUAACAAACCUUUCAUUAGUGACCAUUUCACUUUAAAGCAUAAAAUCUUUUUGAAAUGUUCAUUUGAACAAGAUUUAAAGCAGUCAUUGACAAUUAUUUGAGAUUUUCAAGAUUAAAUUAGAAAUUUUCAUUGGUUUGUUGAUUGGGAAAAAGGCUUAAAAGUAUGUGCAGUCACUAUUUUAUACAAAACUAGAUCACUGCUUGCUUAUAGCAGAGACAUAGAUAACAAGUUUUAACUUCAUGAGAAAUUGACUUUUUCCUUCACAAAACAACACUAAUUUGAUCCGUUAUUGAGCUAUUCAAGUUUUAACUAUAGAUGCCUGUUUAAAGACAAAUUGACUUUUUUCUUCACACGCCUCAUUAUAUGGCCAAAUUUAUUUGUAAAUGUGAGUUAAUAAGCACAAAAAUAAGCACUUGGUUGUAAUGAAAUAUUGGUUAGAAAAGUGUUAAUUUUCUGUUUCUUAUUCCUGUCAGAUUGUUUAUAUAAAUUAACGGCUUACCUUUAAACAUUUUCAUAAUUGCCUCAGCUAUGUGACUGUUUUGGUACGUUAAAAGUUACAAAUGAAAAGUACUUUUUACCAUAUUGUAUGUUUGAUUUGUCAAUUGAAUAUGUAUAACAUAAUAUGUUAUCUAUACUUAUACCUUUGAUAUUGUAAUAUUGUUGAUACAGAUGUUGUUGUACCGUCUGAACUAAAUCCACAAUUCCAAGAUCUUAAAAAUGAUAGAUCUUUUUUUGUAGCUUGCUGAAUAAUGUCAAAAAUGUAUUGUGUAUGUAUAUAUAAUUUUGUGUAAUUUGUAAAAACUAAAUGUUAUUGAAUCAAAUUGUUCUACCUAAAUAAGUGU